AUGGCUUGUGUGAAAACAGUGAGUUAUUCCAUAUUGAUUAAUGGAAGACCUUCUCCUCCUUUCAGUGCUAAGAAGGGGCUGAGGCAAGGGGACCCUCUGUCUCCCUAUUUGUUUGCACUUAGCAUGGAGUACUUAAGCAGAGAUCUGGAAGAGCUAAGUCAAAAUCCUGAUUUUAACUUUCAUACUAAAUGUGAAAGAGUUCAUCUGACCCAUUUGAUGUUUGCUGAUGAUCUUCUACUUUUCUGUAGAGCAGAUCACAGCUCAAUGUCAAAGAUUUGUAGUGCAAUUGCAAAGUUUUCUACUGCUUCUGGUCUGCACAUCAGUCCUGAAAAAAGUAACAUCUACUUGGCUGGGGUAAAUAAUGAGGAAGCUGAUGGGUUAAUUGAGGUGUGCAAUAUGCAAUUAGGUACUUUACCAUUCAAGUACCUGGGAAUCACAUUAAGUGCAAAAAAGCUCACUUAUUCUCAAUGUAAUACCAUCGAAUCUAAGAAAGCUCCUAUAGCCUGGAGCAGAUUUUAUGAUCCUAAAUCCUAUGGUGGCUGGAAUCUGGUUAACAUGACUCUUUGGAAUAAGGCUGCAAUGCUAAAACUUCUGUGGGCGAUUGCUUACAAAUCAGAUAGAUUGUGGGUGAACUGGGUGCAUGCUUACUAUAUUAAAAGACUCAAGUACACUACAGUGAGCAUUACUGCUAAUACUUCCUGGCUGCUUCGAAAAAUUAUUGAUACCAGAGAGAAUUUGAAUCUGCUGGGAGGAUGGAAUGAGGUAAGUAAAGCAGGCAAGUUUAGUAUUAAGCAAGCUUAUAAGCUUCUCCAGGGUGCCCAGCCGAGUGUUCCAUGGAAAAGGCUAAUAUGUAAUAAUCAUGCUUCUCCAAAGAGCAAGUUUAUUGUCUGGCUAGCUAUCCAUAAUAGAUUAGCUACAACUGAUAGACUUAUCAAAUGGAAUGUUCCUUGCAGAGCUACUUGUAGUCUAUGUGAUAGAGAUGAUGAAAGUGUUCAACACUUGUUCUUUGCUUGUGCUUAUUCUGCUAGUAUCUGGAGAAUGGUGUGUCAGAUCAUCUGUAUUACAAGUUCAGGAGAUACUUUUGAUCAGGAGUGUGCCAAAGCUAUUGCUAAAGCUAGAGGAAGCACUAGACAGGCAAGGAUUUACACAAUGUGCUUCAGUGAAUCCAUUUAUGCAGUGUGGGGUCAAAGAAACAACAAAAUCUUCAAUGGCAAGUGCCUAGAUAGUAGUCAGGUUGUUAAAGAUAUCAUUUUCAGGGUAGAGCCUGUUCUACUGAGUUCAGCUCAUUGA